AUGUCUUGUUGUUUGAAGCAUCAGUACCGUUCGUCGAUUCCAAGACAAAUGGAUCAUUCCGUGGAAAAAAUACUUAGUGAGCAAUUAUUAAAAGUAGCAACAAUAGCUGAGGAAGAAGUUGAUCGUCAAAUAGAAAAAUAUGAUAAUUUGGAUGAAAAUGAUUUGGAAGUUAUACGACGGAAACGUCUGCAGGAAUUGAAAAAGAAGCAAUUGCAAAAAAAGGAAUGGUUUCAAAAUGGUCACGGCGUAUAUGAGGAAAUUCCGGAUGAACGAAGUUUUUUCGACGCUACAAAAAAAUCUGCUAAAGUCGUGUGUCAUUUUUAUUUACCUACUACUGAACGGUGUAAAAUUAUUGAUAAGCAUCUGAGAAAAAUUGCUCCGAAAUAUCUGGAAACUCGAUUCAUUCAUGCCAAUGCCGAAAAGUUCCCAUUUCUUACUACACGACUCAAGAUCCGCGUUAUUCCAACAAUAGUUGUAAUAAUUGAUGCAAAGACUGUUGAUUACAUACGGGGAUUUGAUGAUUUGGGUGGGAAUGAUGAAUUCAGGACCGAAACGCUUGAAUGGAGACUUUCGUGGUCCAAAGUGCUGGAAUACAACGGGCCUUCCUACUUACGUGGUUCUGGUAAGAGUGUUACAAAGUUGACCAAAUUAGUUAAGAAAAGAGUGCAAGGAAAUGAGGAUGAUGGUGACAAUUUGUAG